UUAUUUGAAGAAAAUGAGCAACAUAUACGAAUCAGCAGCAAACACACUUGGACUUUUUAACAGCCCUUGCCUGGCCAAAGUUGAACUGCGAGUGGCAUGCAAAGGAAUAUCAGACCGGGAUGCCCUUUCCAAACCGGACCCCUGUGUGAUUCUUCAAAUGCAGUCUCAUGGCCAAUGGCUAGAGGUUGACAGAACAGAGAUUAUCCGAAGCAGUAUAAACCCAGUCUUCUCCAAAGUGUUUACUGUAGACUUUUACUUUGAAGAAGUUCAACGGCUACGGUAUGAGGUUUAUGACAUCAGCAGCAACCACAACGGACUGAAAGAUGCAGACUUCCUUGGUGGAAUGGAAUGCACGCUUGGCCAAAUUAUCUCUCAGAGAAAACUCUCCAAGCCAUUACUGAAACAUGGGAACACAGCAGGGAAAUCUUCAAUAACCGUGAUUGCAGAAGAGCUAUCGGGGAACGAUGACUAUGUCGAGCUGUCAUUUAGUGCAAGGAAAUUGGAUGACAAGGACUUUUUCAGCAAGUCGGAUCCUUUCUUGGAAAUAUUCAGAAUGAACGAUGACGGCACCCAGCAGCUUGUGCACAGAACUGAGACUGUCAUGAACAAUCUAAACCCAGUAUGGAAAACCUUCAAAGUCUCAUUGAAUUCUCUGUGUAGUGGAGAUCAUGACCGCGAACUGAAGUGCAUUGUUUGGGACUGGGACUCCAAUGGCAAACAUGACUUCAUUGGAGAAUUCCAUUCGACAUUCAAAGAAAUGCGAGGGGCCAUGGAAGGAAGACAGGUGCAGUGGGAAUGUAUAAAUCAAAAAUACAAAGUCAAGAAAAAGAAUUACAAAAACUCAGGAAUUGUAAUUCUAAACCAGUGCAAGAUCCACAAGAUGCAUUCAUUCCUGGAUUACAUUAUGGGUGGAUGCCAGAUCCAGUUUACAGUAGCUAUAGAUUUUACAGCAUCAAAUGGAGACCCACGGAACAGCUGCUCAUUGCACUACAUCCAUCCCUAUCAGCCUAAUGAGUAUUUAAAAGCAUUGGUUGCUGUGGGGGAGAUUUGCCAAGAUUAUGACAGUGACAAAAUGUUUCCUGCCUUUGGUUUCGGAGCAAGAAUACCAUCUGAUUUCAAGCAGACAUUCACGGUCUCCCAUGAUUUUGCAAUAAACUUUAAUGAAGACAACCCAGAGUGUGCAGGUAUACAGGGGGUUGUAGAAGCUUAUCAAAACUGCCUUCCAAAGAUUCAACUCUAUGGACCAACAAAUAUUGCCCCGAUUAUUCAAAAGGUGGCCAGCUCUGCUUCAGAAGAGAUGCACACCAAGGAAGCAAUGCAAUACUUCAUCCUGCUGAUUCUGACGGACGGAGUGAUCACCGACAUGGCUGACACCAGAGAAGCGAUAGUUAACGCUUCUCACCUCCCCAUGUCUGUGAUCAUCGUCGGGGUCGGCAACGCAGACUUCAGCGACAUGCAGAUGCUCGACGGGGAUGAUGGCAUUCUCAGGUCUCCCAAGGGGGAGCCGGUUCUACGAGACAUUGUGCAGUUUGUGCCAUUUAGGAACUUCAAACAUGCAUCUCCUGCUGCACUAGCAAAAAGUGUUUUAGCAGAGGUUCCAAACCAAGUGGUGGACUAUUACAAUGGGAAGGGUAUCAAACCAAAAUGUCUGUCUGAUUUCGAGUCUUCCAGGACACUCGCACCCUAACAUCUCAGCACACUUUUACAUAGCUCAGAGAAUUAAAAAAAUAGCACGUUUUGGUAAUUUUGAACUAAAUCGUUGUUUUGCAUGUGUAGCCUUAAGGCUUGCAUCUGUUAAGCAGUUGUAUUGGUGAUACCAUUUUUACAAGGAAAAAAAAACUGACUUCUUUACAUAAGAGCAUGUCGCCUUGAAAAUAAUUAAAACACAAGUUAUCUGUAUCAGUUUUUAUACAGGUUUGUUGAGAUUUUGCUAAAUUUCUUAAUAUUCUUACACUGUAAAGCAUUUUGGAUGAACUAUUGAAAGUUGAUAGCUAUCUGUAUUAGUACCAUCUGCUCCAAAUGAAUGUAUUGUUUGUUUGUUUUUUUUCAGAAAAAAAAGCAGG